AUGUCCGAGACAGAUCCAGGCUUCCUCGCCGCCGUCGAAGAAGCCAAAAAGGGCUUUGCGGAAGGCGGCGUGCCUAUCGGAGCAUGCCUCGUUUCCAAAGACGGUACAAUUCUCGGUCGGGGACAUAAUAUGCGUGUGCAGAAAGGAAGUGCGACGUUGCAUGCAAGAUCUGUCUUGACGGUGUAUUUGAAGGGCGAGAUUUCCGCACUCGAAAAUUCCGGCCGCUUACCAGCAACGGCCUACGAAAAGGCGACCAUGUACACGACACUAAGUCCCUGCGACAUGUGCACGGGGGCGUGCAUCUUGUAUAAAGUGGCGAGGGUGGUGAUAGGGGAGAACAAGACAUUUGUAGGUGGAGAGGAGUAUUUGAAACAAAGAGGGAUUGAGGUCGUGGUGCUCGAGAACGAGGAAUGCAAAGGGUUGAUGAAGAGGUUUAUCGAACAGAAACCUCAUGUUUGGUAA